UACUAAAUAAACUUUUAUUUGAAAUGAUUCCAUUGCCUUUACUGUUUCCACUUUCCGAGAACACUUCGACACAAAAUUCUGAAAUGCAUUGCAAACGCUGUUUGUUUAUGUGGUGUUGAUGAUUUUCUUUCAACAAUAUUGGUUUAACGACUGAAUUAGUAUGAUUUUACACUUCAUUUUAAUAUAUUUAAUAAGAUUCAUGACAAAAAUAGCGGUGCAAAUUGAAAAAUAUCUUAUUUUUUUGUUUUGUUUUGUUUUGCAAACGCAGGUUGGUAUUUCUUGAGCAAUAGGAAAUGGCAAACGCAGGUUGCGAGAAUAUUCAAAGGAUAAUGAAACGCACACUGUACACAUUUUUGAAAGUCUUCUAAAAUAUGAUAUGGUUACAAAUACGAAAAUAUUAACUAUUCAACACAAUAUAUGACUACGGAACUUCAAUUGAGGACAUUUAAACAGAGCGGAAAUAUGCUUAUCAACACAUUAAGUACUGUUACAAGUAUAUUGAACCACAACGUGCGUUGCCUCCUUUAAGCGGACCUCGAAUGACGCUAAACGCGCCAAAACUCACGAAAAUCCCGUGCAUUAGUAAACACGCAUGUUUAUUGAACUGUGACGAAAAGAAUAGCAGAUAGUGUGUCACAUCCAAUCACUUGCGUUUCAUAUCUCUUUUGGUGUAGUCUUUAAAACUUUAUAAAAACAUUUUAGAAAUAUAUUUUAACAAAAAGUAAUUCUUUCAUUACAGAAACAUGACGCUCGUGUGUGAAAUCUGUGGAAAGACAUUUAAAUCGAAGUGGGGGUUAAAGCUUCAUGAUAAGCGCCACAGAGGGACUGGACGAUUCGCCUGUUGUGGAAAAACAUUUUACACAAAACAGGCGUUCAACAGACACAGAUGCAGCAUUCAUGGUGUUGAAAAGCCGUUCCCCUGUGAACAAUGCGGCAAAAAGUUUUCAACCAAAGAUGACCUGAAUCGUCACGUCCGGAGGGAGGUUGCUGCAAAGCAAUUUACCUGCUCAAUUUGCAAUGCAACGCUCCGGGAGAAAAUUGACCUUCAGGCCCACCUUGCCACCCACAAUGGAGAGAAAAACUUUGCUUGUGAUAUGUGUGAAAAGAGGUACAGGCACCGCAGUAGUCUAUCAAAGCACAGAUCUGCAAAGCACCGGGCCUAGUCAUCUGUUGCAUGACGAUGAUAAGACCAAGAAUUAUUUUUAAUUCUUACCAAUGUGCCGUGGUUAUUUUCUUAAUUAUUGAAAAUACAGACUGUCAUACAAUAAUAUAUAGUAUUACGCGUGUUUUUGCGUCUUAAACAUUGUGUUUCAUAUCGUUUAUCUUGUGUUGUUUUGUUUGAUAUUCCUGUUUUUAAUAAGAUUAUUGUUGUAAUAUUUAUCAUUCUAAUUUAAAAUGAUUAUGAUAAUGGUUGAUCUCAUACAAAUUAUUGUGUUCAUUAUUGCUCAUCUGUGAUUACUGUUGAUCUCAGCCCAUGAAUUGUGAUUUAUAUUGAUUAUCUGUGAUUAUUGUUGAUCUUAUCAAAAUAAUUGUAAUUUAUGUUGAUUAUCUUUGAAUUUUUUAUCUUAACCUAUUAAUAGUGAUUUAUAUUAUCUGUGAUUAUUGUUGAUCUUAUCAAAAUCAUUGUGAUUUAUGUUGAUUAUCUGUGAUUAUUGUUGAUCUCAACCGAUUAAUUGUGAUUUAUAUAACCAGUGAUUAUUGUUGAUCUUAUCAAAAUCAUUGUAAUUUAUGUUGAUUAUCUGUGAUUAUUGUUGAUCUUUUCGAAAUCAUUGUAAUUUAUGUUGAUUAUCUGUGAUUAUUGUUGAUCUUUUCGAAAUCAUUGUAAUUUAUGUUGAUUAUCUGUGAUUAUUGUUGAUCUUUUCAAAAUCAUUGUAAUUUAUGU